AUGAUUGUGAAGCUUUCCGCUUUCGCAUUCGCCACACUCUUAUCCUCGAACUCGCUCGUGCAAGCUAUCUCGUCGUCUGAGAUUCCCCACGACACACCUAUCUCCUCCCUCCUCGCAUCUGCGAACGCACACCUUGCCAAGGGCGAGACCAACGAUGCUCUCACAUACUACGACGUCGCAAUCUCUCGCGAUCCCCAGAACUACCUGACAUAUUUCAAGCGCGGUGCCACAUACCUCUCCCUCGGUCGAACCGUUCAGGCCACUUCCGACUUCGACAAGGUUCUGUCCAUCAAGCCUGGUUUCGAAGGCGCACUCAUCCAGCGUGCCAAGAUUAGAGCAAAGAAUGGCGACUGGGACGCUGCGAAGGAGGACUACCUGUUACAAGGUAAGUCGACAGAUGAGCUGGUCGAGCUGGAGGAGGCCAAGGGUGCAGCCGCACUGGCAAUUGCUGCCGAGAAGGCCGGAAACUGGGAGGAAUGUGUCAACCAAUCUGGAGUGGCUAUCAUGGUCGCAAGCAAGAUGUUGUCACUACGAAAAACCAGAGCACACUGCCGAUUCCAGCGCGGAGAAGUUAUGGAGGGCAUGAGUGAUCUCAAGCAUGUCCUGCAGAUGCAACCGGGACAGACUGAGCCACAUAUGCAAAUAUCGGCCAUCACAUACUACGCCCUAGCGGACUUGGAGCGCGGAAUGGACCAAUUGCGAAAGUGCUUGCACUCGGACCCUGAUUCAAAGAAGUGCAAGAAGCUGUACCGGAGAGAGAAGACCUUGGAUAAGCAACUGGCACAGAUCAAUAAGCACUUUGAGAAGAAGCAAUAUGCGAGCUCUCUGAAGUUGCUACUUCCGAAUGGCGAAGACUUGGGAUUGGUGCAAGAGAUCAAGGAUGAUGUCAAGGAGCUACGAGAGGCUGGUACAAUUCCCGAACAUGCACCAAAUGAUCUGUUCGUCAGCUUAAUUGAGAUGGUCUGCGAGUCCUACCACGAGUUGAAAAACUCAAAGAAGUCGCUCACGUGGUGUGACGAAGCUCUCAGCCAUAACGAGAACUCGCUGUACGGUCUCCUAAAUAAGGCACGUCGACACAUGGAAGCCGAAAACUUCGAGGCCGCCAUCCAAGCGCUGCAAAAAGCCAAAGAACACCACCCAGGAGCCCAGCAAAUCAAUCAGCUACUAAACAAUGCACAAGUUGAGCUGAAGCGCAGCAAGACUAAGGACUACUACAAGGUUCUUGGCGUCAGCCGUGACUCUGAUGAAUUACAGAUCAAGUCCGCCUACAGAAAGAUGGUCAAACUCCACCACCCAGACAAGGCUCACAAGCUCGGCAUCACAAAGGAAGACGCUGAGAAGAAGAUGUCUGCCAUCAACGAGGCAUACGAAGUCCUAAGCGACCCGGAACUGAAGCACAGAUACGACCAGGGAGACGACCCAAAUGACCACGAGCAGCAACGACAACAUCCAUUCCACGGCAGCCCGUUUGGAGGCCAUCCUUUUGGUGGACAUAGCGGUGGUGGCCAGCAAUUCGAGUUCAAGUUCGGUGGUGGUGGUGGUGGGUUUCCUGGUGGAUUUCCAUUUGGUUAA